AUUUUUUAUACAAAUACAAACUUAUCGGGGACGUAUGCAGUCAGCUGGCGGCUCUAUGUGAGGUCCUCAGCCUCCAGUGUCAUUGGUGAAUGACCGAAGAUGUCUCACAGCAGGUUGUUUGCCAGGCUGCUUUUGCAGCACAGUGGAGUCAGGCACUAUACCGGAUCAAGAAAGAACCUGUACAUCACCAAGAACACAAAGGUCAUCUGCCAAGGUUUCACAGGGAAGCAGGGAACGUUUCACAGUCAGCAGGCUCUGGACUAUGGCUCCCAGUUAGUCGGAGGUGUGUCUCCUGGUAAAGGUGGCAAGACGCACCUUGGCCUGCCGGUCUUCAACUCAGUCAAGGAGGCGAAGGAGGGCACAGGGGCCGAUGCCACUGUGAUUUAUGUGCCGCCUCCCUUUGCGGCGGCGGCCAUCAUCGAGGCCAUCGACGCAGAGAUACCCCUGGUGGUGUGCAUCACCGAGGGCAUCCCCCAGCAGGACAUGGUGAGAGUUAAACAUAAGCUGCUGCGCCAGAGCAACACCCGCCUGAUUGGCCCCAACUGCCCCGGAGUCAUCAAUCCCGGGGAAUGCAAGAUUGGCAUCAUGCCAGGACACAUUCACAAGAAAGGUCGCAUUGGCAUUGUUUCUCGGUCGGGGACUCUGACGUACGAAGCUGUGCAUCAAACUACACAAGUGGGCCUGGGACAGUCUCUCUGUGUUGGUAUUGGCGGCGAUCCAUUUAAUGGCACGAACUUCAUCGACUGUCUGGAGGUGUUCCUGCAGGAUCCCAAGACGGAGGGCAUCAUCCUCAUUGGAGAGAUCGGAGGAAACGCCGAGGAGAACGCAGCGGAUUACCUGAAGCAGCACAACUCUGGUGCUAAUGCAAAGCCCGUGGUGUCCUUCAUCGCCGGAUUAACCGCUCCUCCGGGCCGCAGGAUGGGCCACGCCGGCGCGAUCAUCGCCGGCGGAAAGGGCGGAGCCAAAGAGAAGAUUGCAGCCCUGCAGUCGGCUGGAGUCGUAGUCAGCAUGUCCCCUGCUCAGCUGGGCAGCACUAUGUUCAAGGAGUUCGAGAAGAGGAAGAUGUUGUGAAUUACGCAAGAAAGGCUCCCGACCUUUUGACCCCUGCCUCGAAACUGAGACGAGCAGCCUGAUUCUGGAGGUGGAUAAGCCCUACAGUGUCUCAACCCUGAUUAUUUCAGCGAGCGAUGCGCACAUCAAGUGUUUAUAUUGUAAUUUCUGCCAUGAACUCGUACCUUGCACAUAAGAGGAAAGAUUAAAUACAUAGUGUCUUACUGGUAUCCUAAAGCAGUCAUUGUACACCAUGUAAAAGCUUUAUAGAUGUUUUUUUUCCUCCUUUCACAUAAUAGCAGCAGCUGAAUGAACGACGCCGUGGUGAUCUGUCUCAUUCUGUUUUACUCCUGCUGUAAGAUGUAUUUCAUCACCCAAUUCACUGGCUGUCCACCCGAAUAAGAAAUAUUUCUCAUCA